CAUGCCAGGCCCUGUGCCUGUCACUUUGCUUGUCUCCUUUAAUCCUCACAGCUGCUCUUCGGGGGAUGGAGGCGAUGGCUGCCAGCACCUCCCUGCCUGACCCUGGUGACUUUGACCGGAAUGUGCCCCGGAUCUGUGGGGUGUGUGGAGACCGAGCCACAGGCUUUCACUUCAACGCCAUGACCUGUGAAGGCUGCAAAGGCUUCUUCAGGCGAAGCAUGAAGCGGAAGGCACUGUUCACAUGUCCCUUCAGUGGGGACUGCCGCAUCACCAAGGACAACCGGCGUCACUGCCAGGCCUGCAGGCUCAAGCGCUGUGUGGACAUCGGCAUGAUGAAGGAGUUCAUCCUGACGGACGAGGAGGUUCAGCGGAAGCGGGAGAUGAUCCUGAAGCGGAAGGAGGAGGAGGCCCUGAAGGACAGUCUGCGGCCCAAGCUGUCGGAGGAGCAGCAGCGCAUCAUCGCCAUCCUGCUGGACGCGCACCACAAGACCUACGACCCCACCUAUGCCGACUUCACCCAGUUCCGGCCUCCAGUUCGAGGGAAUGAGGAUGGAGGGAGUCAUCUUUCCAAACCCAACUCAAGACACACCCCCAACUCCUGGGACAACUCCUCCUGCUCAGAUUGCUACACCACCCCUCCAGACAUGAUGGAGCCGUCCAGCUUCUCCAAUCUGGAUCCGGAUGAAGAAGAGUCGGAUGACACUUCUGUAACCCUGGACCUGUCCCAGCUCUCUAUGCUGCCCCACCUGGCUGACCUGGUCAGUUAUAGCAUCCAAAAGGUCAUUGGCUUUGCCAAGAUGAUUCCAGGAUUCAGAGACCUGACCUCUGAAGACCAGAUCGUGCUGCUGAAGUCCAGUGCCAUCGAGGUCAUCAUGUUGCGCUCUAACCAGUCCUUCACCGUGGAUGACAUGUCCUGGACCUGCGGCAACGAGGAAUACAAGUACUGCAUCAGUGAUGUGACCAAAGCCGGACACAGCCUGGAGCUGAUUGAGCCGCUCGUCAAGUUCCAGGUGGGGCUGAAGAAGCUGAACCUGCAUGAGGAGGAACAUGUCCUGCUCAUGGCCAUCUGCAUCGUCUCCCCAGACCGUCCUGGGGUGCAGGAUGCCGCACUGAUCGAGGCCAUCCAGGACCGCCUAUCCAACACGCUGCAGACCUACAUCCGCUGCCGCCACCCGCCCCCGGGCAGUCACCUGCUCUAUGCUAAGAUGAUCCAGAAGCUGGCCGACCUGCGCAGUCUCAAUGAGGAGCACUCCAAGCAGUACCGUUGCCUCUCCUUCCAGCCUGAGUGCAGCAUGAAGCUCACGCCCCUCGUGCUUGAGGUCUUUGGCAAUGAGAUCUCCUGA